AUGGUUAAAGUCACAGUUCUUGGUGCCGCAGGCGGUAUUGGCCAACCGCUCUCUUUGCUUUUAAGACUUAACAAGAAUGUCACGGAGUUGUCUCUUUUUGAUAUUGUCAAUGCUAACGGAGUGGCAACAGAUCUUUCGCACAUUCCAACAGAGCAGAUUAUUCAUGGAUUUGUGCCAAAGUCCAGAAAGGAUGUCUCUCAGCUGAGAGCUGCCCUUCAAGGUGCAGAUAUUGUCGUUAUUCCUGCCGGUGUGCCAAGAAAGCCAGGCAUGACCAGAAACGAUCUUUUCAAGAUUAAUGCCUCGAUUGUGAGGGGUUUGGUCCACCAGGCUGGUGUUGUGUGUCCAGAUGCAUUCAUUUGUGUCAUUUCCAACCCAGUGAACUCAACAGUUCCAAUUGCAGUUGAGGAAUUGAAGAGUCUAGGAGUGUACAAUCCAGCCAAAGUGUUUGGUGUCACUACAUUGGACAACCUCAGACUUGAGGAAUUCCUAAGCACAGCCAUCAAGGGGGCAACCGGUAAGAUUGUUGAUCCCGCAGAUCUCCGUGGUGACGUCAUCUCCAUUGGCGGCCAUUCUGGAACCACAAUUGUUCCGAUUCUAAAUGCCUGGGCCAGAAAUCUCUCGAGUGAAAAAUAUGAUGCUUUGCUACACAGAGUGCAAUAUGGAGGUGACGAGGUUGUUAAAGCCAAGCAGGGACGCGGUUCAGCGACAUUGUCGAUGGCUACUGCUGGAUACAGAUUUGUGAGCAGCUUGUCCGCUGCUUUGAGAGAAGGGAAGACGGUCCAGGAAGUUGCAUUUGUGAAUUUUGCUCAACUUCCAGGCUCUGUGCCAGACUCUGUCAAGGCACAUGUUGAAUACUUGAGUUUGCCAUUCAGCUUGAAUGCCCAGGGUGUCCAGUUUGUCCGUUUCCCAACGAUCUCGGCCAAUGAAGAGAAACUUCUUGCAGUUGCAGUUGGCCAGUUGAGACAGGAGAUCGCCAGAGGUGUCAAUUUCGUUAACAAGCCAAAGUUAUAA